GUACCACCCGUUUCUUGUUUGCCCUUGCAAUCUUUCAAUCGCCUUCCUUUUGAAAUCUGUCUUUUUUCCACUGCCAUUAAGCAUUGAGCAUCGCCAUGACGUCCAACACGCCACCCCAGAUCCUCCUCACCGGUAGCACUGGCUACAUUGGUGGCACCAUCCUCACCCAUCUCCUAAACUCUUCCUCUCCAACUCUAAGCGCCGCUACCAUCACCUGCAUUAUUCGCGGCCCUGAACGGGCUGCCACACUCUCCUCCACCUAUGGCGCCCGCGUGCGACCGGUCGUCUAUAAGGAUCUUGAUGAUCUCGAGGCGACGACUGCUACCGCCUCGCAGCACGACAUCGUCAUCAACACCACUCUCGGCUUUCACACACCCUCCGUGCAGGCGCUGCUCCGCGGCCUCGCACAGCGUAAGGCGUCGACAGGGCGGGACGUGUGGAUGAUUCACACAUCCGGCACGUCUAACCUGGCCGACCAGCCGAUUUCACGAAAGUGGGUGGAGGAGGAACCAGAGCGAGAGUUCGACGAUGCAAAAGACGAUGUUUAUGGCUACGAAAAGAGGCGCGAAGCGCUGCAUCCGGCUCCACAGCGGAGCACAGAGCUGAGCGUCGUGGACGCGGGACUGGAGCUGGGCGUCAAGACCCUGGUCAUUAUGAGUCCGACCAUCUACGGGCUUGGGACCGGGCUGUUUAACAAGACGAGUCUCCAGCUUCCGAUGUAUAUACGGGGUGUGUUGGAUCACGGACGCGCAGUGGUGAUUGGAGAUGGAAAGGGGGUGUGGGACCACGUGCACGUAGAGGACGUGGCGGACCUUUACAAGAUCGCGGUCGCCAAUGUAUUGGAGAGUGGCGGCAAGGAUUUGCCGACAGGUAAGGAGGGAAUCAUCUUUAGUGGGAACGGCCGACAUACGUGGAUGGAGGCGGCGCAGGCGGUGGCGGAUGCAUGCUACGAGGAGGGCAAGUUCACAGAAAGAAGUGUAGAGAGCGUUGGGCUGUCGGAGGGAGUGAAGAUCCUGGCGGCGAACAUCCCUCACAUGAACGAGGACAUGAUUGAGCUGGCACUGUGCAGCAAUGCGCUGACUGUGCCGACAGUAGCUACGAAGUUGGGCUGGAAGCCGACAAGGGGGGAGGAGGCUUGGAGAAUGGGGUUCCGGGACGACGUUAAGGCGGUACUGGAGAGAAGAUAGUGGCGAAAGUAUCUUCUGUAUUUGUGAUUGGAAUCGCCACUCAAUGAAUCUCUAGACCCUUUUUUCAAAACAAAGCAAAUCGCCUGGGUCAGGGGGGCA